AUGGAACAAAUUAAAGAUAAUCAAGAUUUACAAAUUUAUCAACAUAAGUUCGAGUUAUUUUUUCGUUUAGAUAAAUAUGUUUUGGUCGAAGAGCAAGAAAAAUUACUGAGUCAAGUUAGUGCUUCUCGUCAUUUAGCGACCGAACUUUAUGAUACUUUGGUUUAUGCUGACCGGUCGCCUAUUUUUGUGGAAUAUGAAGGUAAAAAGCAAGAAUUAACUUUAUCUUUAUAUACUAAAAUCAUGGAGCAAACCCAACCCCAAACUGAGCAAGAAUUUCGUUAUCAACAUUCUUUAGCGAAAGUUUAUGAGGGUAUUUUAAGAACUAGCAUUGAGGAAUUAACCAUUCGCGGCUAUCAAUCAACUUUGGCCAUGGGGUUAAUAGCCGAUAAUAUUCCUAGUAAAAUUUAUGAAAACUUAAUUGCAGCAGGCCAAGCCAAUAGCAACUUAUUACGAGAAUUUGUUCAAAUAAAGAAAAACUAUUUGGGUUUGACCAAGUUUUAUGGAACCGAUAAUAGUUUGAAAAUAGUUGGCCAUUAUCAGCAGCAAUUUACCGUUAACCAAGCAAUUGUUUUAAUUAAAGAAGUCUUAACAGUCUUGGGACCAAAGUAUCAGGAAAAAUUAAACUUAGCUUUACAACCCGGCCAAAUUGACUAUUACGAAGAUACUAACAAACGACAGGGAGCUUAUUCUUCCGGCGGAGAAGGAGUUGAACCAAUUAUCUUGCUGAACUGGGAUGAGACGCUUAAUUCGGUUAAUACUCUUAUUCAUGAAUUAGGUCAUUCCGUUCAUACUUUAUUGGCUGAAGAAAGUCAACCUUACCCUAACGCUCAUUAUCCGAUUAUUUUAGCCGAAGUAGCCUCUACUCUUAACGAACACUUGUUAUUUGAUUAUCUUUACCGCCAUAGCAAAAGCAAGGACGAGAAAAUUUAUCUUUUACAAAAUAGGAUUGAAGAAGUUAUCGGCACUUUCUUUCGCCAAAUUCAAUUUGCUAAAUUCGAAUGA